AUUCCCUGUCCUCUCCUGUGGGAGCCCCUGAGCUUCUCUCCCUGGACCUUACGUGCUGAAGAAGCUGUUCUGGAAAUAGAGUAACAACGGAUGAAGGGACAGAAACCAGUACCUGGCGAGCCACAGUAAGGCAAAAGCAAGAACCUGUGUCCUGAUUCCAAAAGCCAGCCAAGUCUAAAUGUGAUGGCUGGGCCGCCCACCCCUGUUCAGUUUCUGGGAGUGCUCCUCACCAUCUCCUUGGGCUCUAUCAGGCUCAUCCAGGCUGGGGCCUACUAUGGAAUCAAGCCGCUGCCACCUCAGAUCCCACCGCAGAUUCCACAAUACCAGCCCCUGGGUCAGCAAGUACCUCACGUGCCUUUGGGUACAGAUGGCCUUAGCAUGGGCAAGGACGUACCCCACAUGCAGUAUGGCAAAGAGUACCCACACCUACCCCAAUAUAGAAAGGAAAUUCAGCCAAUGCCAAGAAUGGGCAAGGAAGUGGCACCUAAGAAAGGAAAAGCAGAAACACCAUUAGCCAGUUUACGAGGAGAACAAGGUCCUCGAGGAGAACCUGGUCCAAGAGGACCACCUGGACCCCCAGGUAUACCGGGUCAUGGUAUACCUGGAACCAAAGGAAAACCAGGGCCUCAGGGAUAUCCAGGAAUUGGAAAGCCAGGUAUGCCUGGAAUGCCAGGAAAGCCAGGAGCCAUGGGAAUGCCUGGGGCAAAAGGAGAAAUUGGACCCAAAGGAGAAAUUGGGCCUAUGGGAAUCCCUGGGCCCCAAGGACCGCCAGGGCCUCAUGGACUUCCUGGCCUCGGCAAGCCAGGUGGGCCAGGGUUACCAGGGCAACCAGGUGCAAAGGGUGAACGAGGACCGAAAGGACCUCCAGGACCUCCAGGUCUUCAGGGUCCUAAAGGCGAGAAGGGCUUUGGGAUGCCUGGUUUGCCAGGCUUGAAGGGCCCUCCAGGGAUGCAUGGCCCCCCUGGCCCUGUGGGACUUCCAGGAGUGGGAAAACCAGGAGUGACAGGCUUUCCUGGGCCCCAGGGUCCUCUGGGAAAGCCAGGUCCUCCAGGAGAACCUGGGCCACAAGGUCCCAUUGGGGUACCUGGGGUUCAAGGACCUCCUGGGAUACCUGGGGUUGGAAAGCCAGGCCAGGAUGGGAUCCCUGGUCAGCCAGGAUUUCCAGGUGGCAAAGGCGAACAAGGACUGCCUGGGUUGCCAGGACCCCCAGGCCUUCCAGGAGUUGGGAAACCAGGCUUCCCAGGACCCAAAGGUGACAAGGGCUUAGGGGGUCUUCCUGGACCUCUUGGACCAAGAGGGGAGAAAGGACCAAUAGGUGCCCCUGGAAUGGGGGGCCCCCCAGGAGAACCAGGCCUACCUGGAAUCCCGGGUCCAAUGGGCCCUCCAGGUGCCAUUGGUUUUCCUGGACCCAAAGGAGAAGGUGGGGUUGUGGGACCACAAGGGCCACCAGGUCCCAAAGGUGAACCAGGGCUUCAAGGCUUCCCAGGAAAACCAGGUUUCCUUGGAGAAGUGGGGCCCCCUGGCAUGAGAGGUUUGCCAGGUCCUUUAGGGCCCAAGGGAGAAGUUGGGCACAAAGGUUUGCCAGGGCUCCCUGGGGCUCCAGGGCUGCUUGGACCCAAGGGAGAACCAGGAAUCCCAGGGGAUCAGGGGCUACAGGGCCCUCCAGGCAUCCCAGGGAUUGCAGGCCCUAGUGGCCCCAUUGGACCACCUGGAAUUCCAGGUGCCAAAGGGGAACCAGGCCUGCCAGGGCCCCCUGGGUUCCCUGGAGUAGGGAAGCCUGGAGUAGCAGGACUUCAUGGCCCCCCAGGGAAGCCUGGUGCCCUGGGUCCUCAAGGUCAGCCUGGCCUUCCGGGGCCCCCAGGCCCUCCUGGGCCCCCAGGCCCCCCAGCUGUGAUGCCCCCUACACCACCACCCCAUGGAGAAUAUCUGCCAGAUAUGGGGCUGGGAAUUGAUGGAGUGAAACCGCCCCCUGCCUACGGGGCUAAGAAAGGCAAGAAAGGAGGGCCAGCCUAUGAGAUGCCUGCAUUUACAGCUGAGCUGACUGCGCCUUUCCCACCGGUGGGGGCCCCAGUGAAGUUUGACAAACUGCUCUACAAUGGCAGACAGAACUACAACCCUCAGACGGGCAUCUUCACCUGUGAGGUCCCAGGUGUCUACUACUUUGCAUACCACGUUCACUGCAAGGGGGGCAAUGUCUGGGUUGCUCUGUUCAAGAACAACGAGCCCAUGAUGUACACAUAUGACGAAUACAAAAAGGGCUUUCUGGACCAAGCGUCUGGGAGUGCGGUGCUGCUGCUCAGGCCGGGAGACCGCGUGUUCCUCCAGAUGCCCUCAGAACAGGCUGCAGGACUGUAUGCCGGGCAGUAUGUGCAUUCCUCCUUUUCAGGAUAUUUAUUGUAUCCCAUGUAAAAACAAAAAGAAAAGAAAAAGAGAUAUUUAAUAGAAGAAAAUAAUGCGCCAAAAAAUUCAAAUGAAAAACAUAGUUGCUUUAAAACAUUUAUAUAGUUGGAAAGUUAUAUUUAAGUGAAAUUUUGAACCAUCAUGUAUAAAUAAAAAUUAAGAUGCAUGUCCAAUGCUCUGCACAGCAGCUUGUCACUGAAAAUGAUGGGGUAGAUUUAUGUGUCAUUUACUGACCCUCAUGUUGUACCCACUGGAUCACAUUUGCUGUUGUAUGUUAUAUGCUUCCAUCAUAACCUGUUCAUUCAAAUCAGUCAGAAUAUUUCAGUAGGAAAGAUCAUAUCCAAUGAAAAUCACUCACUCAUAUAGUUUAAAAAUUAUAAACAUGGCUUAAGGAAACAUCAUCACAUACUGUAUUACUUGCAUAAUUGCUUCUGUAUUUGUGCAGAUAUUUUGCCAUGAGAUGUGGCAAGUAGUUCUGCAGUAUCUGCCACAGUGCAAGGGUGUCAGAGGAACCACAUAGGGCAUAGUCUAAAGGAGCUCUCACGUCUGCCUAAGGCUGUGUCUUUUAGCCAAAGGAGUCCUACUCAGGAUUGUCUCAUGUCUCAAGCACAAGGUACCAGUCAAUCAGUGCCAUGUGUGUAUAGCACCAGAUGCAACAUUUUGUAGGGAUAUGACAGUGCCUCACAAGGAGCAGUUAAGCCAGGUGGGAGCCCCGAGCAGUGAUCAACUCAUUUAUUCCUCACGAGUGCUUUAUUUUCUCCCCUUCAUGUAAUUUCCACUAUGGCCAACUAAUAUGAACACCUGCAAGUCAUAAAAUACUAGUAAUACCCUCUUCCCCCACAGCCUUUCAUAUGGAAUGAUGAUUAUAAAUAGGGGUUAUUACUUGUAUUUACAUGCAUAUAAAAAUCCCUCUCCUUUGCCUGUACACACAAAUGAUUACAAUGGGGUUUCUUUCAUCCAUGAAUGGGAUUAAUAUUCUUAGUAGUUAAGAAUUUCAAAGAAAUUUCCCUGUCUACUUUAUAUGCAAUUCAGUGUAUCAUUUAAGGUUCCAGAGAUAAUUUCCAAAA